GAUAAACAAUAAAAAUGUAUUAUCUUAUUUAAGACAUAUAUUCUCUUGUCCUCUACUGUCUAUGGUACUGUAAAUUCUUAAUGUCAGUCUGUGAUUUCAUAGACGUCUGAGUCCAGAAGGGAUUAUUAGCUCAUCUAGUCUGGCCUUCUGUGUAUCACAGGCCAUAGAAUUUAACCCCGUAAUGCCUGAAUCCAGCCCGUAACUGUUUGAGCAACAGCAUAUCUUUUAAAAGGAUAUGCAAUCUUGAUUUAAAGAUUUCAAGUGAUGGAGUAUCCACCAUACUCCUGGGUAAGUUGUUGCAGUGGUUAUCUAGCUUUGCAAGUGCCACCCUAAAUAUUUCCUCUCCCUCUUUGAUAUUUUUCAUUCUUUGAGUCAUUGUAGACUGGGGUGGGCAAACUACAGCCUGCAGGCCGAAUCCGGCCCGCAAGCAGUUUUAAGCUGGCCUGCGAGCUGCACCAACGGCUCGACUCCACUCCAGCACUCUGGCCGGGGCACUGCGUUGGCAGCCAGACCACGUGGCUCCUGGACCCAGCGUGGCUCCGCUCCAGCUCCUAUGCACGCCAAUGGGAGCUGUGGGGACAGUGCUUGCGGACGGGGCAGCGUGCAGAGCCGGAGAAGGGACAUGCUGCUGCUUCCGGAGCCGCUUGAGAAUUUCCUACAAUCCCACAAGGUAUCCCAAAUACAUUCCUGAAGCGUACUGUCUGUGCAAGGGCUGUCUCACUGGGAUUUAUGGUGAGGAGAAUUUCCACUUCCGCAGCACCCCAGUGUACAUGCCAACCGUCAUCUUGCGCCGCACUUCAGCUUGUGCUGGGGGUCGCUACGUGUACACAGAGGAUUACGUCACUAUCCCUGUGGGGUGCACUUGUGUACCGGAGCAGGAAAAAGAGGCGGACAGUGUCAAUUCCAGCAUAGAUAAGCAAGAAAUGAAGUUGUUGGUAAACCAGAACGACAAGCCAGCAUCUGAAUGAGACCCAUUCAAGGACCCCUGUGUACAACAUUGGCUUCACGUUACUAUUUCACGGACUCAGGAGAUUAUAUAGCAAUAGGGGGGGAAACAAUUUUGUCUUUCUAACUACAUCUGUUGCAGUUAUAAGGCGAAGGCUGUGUUCAGUAGAUUGUUACUCAGCCAUGGCAGACAAGACACAUCAAGUAAGAAGGAUCUUUUCAAAGUUCAGCUUCUUUAAGUUUGUAUUGUUUAGAGUUAAACGCAAUUUUAUUCUAUCCUUGCUUAUUUUGGAUGAAUUUUUAGAAGGUGCUAUAACCAUGUAACAUGCCAGCUACUUUCAUAACAAACUACUGGUUGCAAAUAUUUUACAAUAAUUUUAUAUUCUGCCUUUUGGUAAUUCUAUGUAAAGUCAUUUAACUACGGCACAUGUCCCAUGUUAGCAGUAGAAAGGAAGCCAGUAAUUCUGAUUGCUGGGGUCCUCCUGUUACAUUGCAGACUGUAAAACUCCAAGUGAUGUUCUUGGCUGCUACAACCAUAGCUAUUUAGAGUCUACAAAAUGGGAAACCGUUGCCACCUAGUAUCUUUCAACUGUGUUGACUUGCUAAAGUCAUUCAUAUAAUACUCAAUAAAAGGAGACACUCAUACGAACGUAAGAAUGGCCAUACUGGGCCAGACCAAAGGUCCAUCUAGCUCAGUAUCCUGACUUCCGACAGUGGCCAAUGCCAGGUGCCCUAGAGGGAAUGAACAGAACAGGUAAUCAUCAAGUGAUCCAUCCCGUCGCUCAUUCCCAGCAUCUGGCAAACAGAGGCUAGGAACACCAUCUCUGUCCAUCCUGGCUAAUAGCCAUUGAUGGACCUAUCCUCCAUGAAUUUAUCUAGUUCUUUUUUGAACCCUGUUUUAAUAAACUGAGUUAAUAAACUCUCCUUAUUAUUGCUAAAUUCUCCACUCUGCUACAAGUACAAAACCUGCUGAUAAAACAUUGACUAGAAUGUUACAAAACUGAAAUAUUAAUUUUUCUGAUAUGGUUUAAAUCUUUCUAGUAGUAAAAGGACACAAAUAUAAUAAAGAGAUGGACUCUGGGACACAAGUAUUCUACAUUAUAUCCCAUUCCUUGUCAACCUCUUAAUUGUUAGUCAUGACAGCUGUAUCCUGUAACAUUGCAAGCCUUCUCAUGUUGACAAUAAAUCCCACUGAGGGAAAGUCAAUAGUAAAGAGAACUAAUGAAAUUCA